CAAAAGUUCAUGACCUCGAAUCCGCGGUUGCAUGGCGGCAGCUCGACAACAUUGAAUACAACGCCGACAAAUACCUAAAUCUCGUCCACCAUGUCUGCUCCGAACGUCCUCAACGCCAUCUCAAGAUGGGCCAUCCCAGUCUUCAUUGGUGCGUCGUUAGCACAAAGCGCCAUGUACGAUGUGAAAGGCGGAACGAGAGCAGUCAUCUUCGACCGUCUGUCUGGUGUCCAGGAACAAGUCACCAACGAAGGAACCCAUUUCCUCAUCCCAUGGCUUCAGAAAGCAAUCAUCUACGAUGUGCGGACGAAACCGAGAAACAUCAGCACCACCACCGGGAGCAAGGACUUGCAGAUGGUGUCACUGACGCUGAGAGUGCUCCAUCGCCCAGACGUCCAGAACUUGCCCAAGAUCUACCAAUCCCUCGGUCAAGAUUACGACGAAAGAGUUCUCCCAUCUAUUGGCAACGAAGUGCUCAAAGCAAUUGUGGCUCAGUUCGACGCAGCAGAACUAAUCACCCAACGAGAAGCCGUCUCGCAACGGAUCCGAGCCGACCUGACCCGCCGGGCACAAGAAUUCAACAUCGCGCUUGAAGAUGUCUCCAUAACACACAUGACCUUCGGUCGCGAGUUCACCAGGGCGGUCGAACAGAAACAGAUCGCCCAACAGGACGCAGAAAGAGCAAGGUUUAUCGUUGAGAAAGCCGAGCAGGAGAGACAGGCGAACGUCAUUCGUGCCGAAGGUGAAGCUGAAUCGGCAGACAUUAUCAGCAAAGCUGUGGCCAGGGCGGGAGACGGGUUGAUACAGAUCAGAAGGAUCGAGGCCAGCAAAGACAUCGCCCAGACAUUGGCCGCGAACCCCAACGUCACCUACCUGCCGGGUGGUGGUGAAGGAGAAGGUGGGAAGGGAAAGAGCACAGGAUUAUUGCUGGGCUUGAGGGCGUGAUCGGCGCUGUGAGUCUCGGGAGAAGCUUGUACUGAUAUGAUUCACCGACAGCAGGGUGAAAUAUGCUGUCUUACUCUGUGGCAUUAAAUAGUGAUCAAAAGACCCCGAACUGGGGAGGAAAUUCUCAACUUUCACAGCCAGCUUUCCGUUUCCACAGGCAUUGGCUCGAAUCACUCUGAACACAUCUUUCUCCCCAGUCUUCG